UCCAGGGGCAGCACGGGGCAGUUGGAUUCUGGCAGCCAGCCAUGUCUCCAACAGUGGCUUUCAUCCUGGCCCUGUUAGCCACCCCUGCUGGGCUGAAGGUGAACAUAAAAACUGAUAAGGGUGAAGUUAAACAGAUGCUGGAGCGUGAGGAAUAUUUGCACCAGGAGAUGAUUCGGCUCCUGCAGGAUAUUGAGGGGAACAGUGGCAUCAUGGAAGCCCUGCUCUGCUCUGCACUGGAAAAGCAGUGGCUUCUUUGGGUCAGUGCAGCAGCCCUGGUUCUGGUUCUUGCUACGGGCUGCUGUCUGGUCAGGAGAAGAAAGCGUGGCUCUGCCAGCAGGAGGAGGCAGGAGGGAUCCAGCAUGGAGGAGCAGGGCCUGCCCAGCGCGAAGGUGCUACAGGAGCUGGUGGAGGAGCUCCUUGGUGUCUGCCGAGUGCUCUCCCGGAGGAACUUCAUGCCGGAGCUGCACCCAGCCACUGGGACGGACACCGGCCCUGCAGCCUGCAGCGUCCAGGAGAGCAGCAGCACCUACCGCACGCUGGUCAUCCUGCGGCCACCGCCCGGCCACUCCUUCAGCCCGGAGAGCACGAAGUGGCUGCCAGCCCGGCGCAUCCGUGUGGCGCUGGAGUGCCUGUGCUCCGGGGAUCAGCUGCUGGGGCACACGUGCUUUCUCCACGCCUCUGGUGGCCAGCUGCCCAGGGAUCAGGAGUGGUACCUGAUGGACACCCUCUGCACGGGCUCCUCCUUGGACCCAGAGAAAGUCACCUGCUGGGUGCAAACGUUGGUGGCGUCGGCCUGGCUGCUCCUGCCGCACUCGCGCCACUGCCGGCUCACGGCGCUGCCCUCCGGCAAAUCCUGCAGCUUCCGGCUGAGCGGCGCCUCUGGCCAGCACUGCAGCAUCGAGAUGGCUCUGGCCGUGCAGCGAGGCAGCUCAGGUGCCUACCUGAGCCUUGAGUAGGCAGCAGCCGGCUCUGCCAGCAGCACCGGCUGGGCCAGAGAGCUGCCACCUCUCUUUACGAAAUUCCUCCCAAGCUUUACAAUAAAUGGGAUGAAAUUUUA